UCGUGCUUGACAUUUCCAUCACGUUCUCAUAUUCACGUAAAAUCAAAAUCUUCAAGUGUAAAUUUUCCUCAUUAAUCAAUUAAACCAAAAUGCUGAAAACGGAAUAAUGCCUUAGUGGCAUCACAAAACAGAAUAAAUGGACAUACUGUAACAGAAAUCCACCAAUAAGUUUCGUAAUUCCUCAUCAAUGAUCUAACCUUUGAUAUACUGAUGAUUAAUUUACCUUGUAACGCGGCUUCGAUGUCACGAGCCAUAUCCUGUCAAAACGUGCCCGUACAGACGAGUCAGUAUAAUUUUCCAUCCUGUCAGCAGCAACAAACCAGCACUCAGCAGAUGCAAACUGCAACAUGUUCGUGCGGGACUUUCCAAGCGCGUCAAUGCGUGUCGGGUUCGCCGCAACCAAUAAUGAACCCGUGUCAUCCCGUUUUCCAAAGCACGUGUAAUCCCGCGGCGACUCAUCUCAGCUACGGUCAGCUGCCGCAGAGUAUUUUGGAUCAGAUUCGUGCGUGCGUUAGCAACGUCGCCGCCCCUCAACCCAUUUUUAUUCUUCCCGGCAAUUGUCAGCAAUCGCCGACUCUUCUUCAGCAGCAACAGCAGCAGCAGCAGCAACAACAACAACCGCCCAUUUUGCCGCAAGCAACGACGACGACGUUUCCGACAGCGUAUCCCACUGGUUCGACUUAUCCCGCUUGUUACCCGCCGCCACCAACGUUUUACCCCUAUCCCGUUUUACCUCCGCCGUUCUGCGACUCAUUUAUUCGUGCUCGAGAGACCGCACAGAAUUGCGGAUGCUGUCGGAAAAGAGACGUCGACUCGGUGGAGAUGAGAAGCGUCGCGCGUCGUUACGACACCGAGCUAGACGAGCAUCGUUGCUUCACCACCACCGACGACACCAUUUGCUCAAAGCGAAACUGUCCUUCCUCGCUGCAUCUGCAAGCGUUGGCUUCUCAAUUUCUAUCGAUGCAGGGUGUUAUAUCGUGCGCCGCCACCCGAUUGAUUCUGCGUAAAGUACCCGGCUCGAACGUAACCACGACAAUGGAGGAUACGAUGGCAAAGGCCCAAAAGGCCAUAAGCACCUUGACGAAAGAUCAGUUAUUAACGGAAUCGAAGAACGCGCAGCAAGUAAACGCAUUGAUCAACCUGCAUAUGACGGCGAAUCCGCCGCCCAACGUCAUUCCGAUUCUCACGUUGGUGCAACUCAAGAUGAAUCUGUUGAAGGCGCAGGUCGAGGGACUCAUCAAUCAAAAAUUAAUGGAGAUUCAAGGUGUCGGUGUGGAGGUGGAGACCGAUCUUAUAGAUCCCACGGUUCUCGCCCUGAAAUCCGACGCCGAAUUACGAGACUUCCUGUCGGUGUUGCGACAGAAGGAAUGCGACGAGCGGGUGAACGUAAAUUUCGCUCCCUAUCGUUCGCAGCGCGCGAUCGCGGAGACUCGCUUGAGCAACGUUCAGAACAAGAUUCGUCAGGUGGAGGCCGAGUUCGAUCGUAGACGUUGCGCGAUGCUGCCGACGCCGACGUUGACGUCGCGCAUAGUGCAACAAUUUUCCAGGCCGUGUUACUCGAUGAGAUUCGAGGACGCAAGGAAGAUGUACAGCUCGCUGGACACUCCGCGCUCUCCCGAUCCGUUUGUCUGCGUAAAACCGCUAAGUCCCAAGCGGCUGUUGUUGAAACCGACUGGCAAGCCCGGUGCUGCCGUCACACCCUGUAGCAGCAAAAAUCCUGACCGAAAAACCGUGGACGUUGGUACCGGCAAUCCCGCGAAAGAUGAUCCCGCGACUCCCGAUCGGCAGCGUUCCAGCACGUGCGCCUGUUGCGACAGAACAACGUCGGAGGAAAGCGUCGAUGAGGCUAAAAAAAAACUCGGACCGAGGAUAGCCGAGAUAGAUCCGACGAGUGACAUCCAAGAAUUGGAACGACUAGUGUCGUCGGUAGCGCCGACCGAAGAAAUUUCGUGCGACGCGAAAUGUUGGUCUGCGUUCAUCAAAGUCGUCGACGACGAAUUGGUGGGAACUCCGACGGAAUCGGAUAGCGACACGCUCGUCGAGAAAAUCGAUGCGGCAGACGUUUGCGAAUUUCGAGAUGCGAUCGAGAUUCGCGACCAGAUGACGGAUCGUCAGGAUUUUGCAAGUUCGACGAAUCUGCCACGGUCCGAGGAGCAAAAUGAAAUCGCAAUUUUGAGAAAAGAUGAGGCAAUUAGAGAGUACGCUACUGAGAUUAAGAGCUCGCGAGAUGUCUCGUCGCCGAAAGCUGAGCAAAAAGAGACGAAAGCCGCAACUGCCGCACGAGUUUCAGACGAUGAUCCAAUUUCGAGUGCGCGGGAAACGGAGCGGAAGUCACCGGAUACUUUGUCGCUGGAGAUUAUAUUAAAACCGAAUAAAGAGAAUGAACAGACACAUGAAAACGGUGAGACAUUGCCGUUAUUCAAGAUGAAAGAGCGAGACACUCUAAAGGCACGGACGAGCAGAAGCAAGAACAAGGUAACAUUUGUUUCACUGAUGACGAACAUUGUGUACGAUAAGGAUUGUCAACAUCGUAUCAAGCAACAUUUCGACAAGAAAAUAACAACAAGUGCAAAAGAGACAAAUGUGCCUGUCAGUUCAAAAAUCGAACAAUUAGACAAAUACUGUUCCCUAUUGGUGGGAAAUCUGUUAAAAACAGCCAUUUUGCACGGUAUCGUCAAAAAAGAUUUUUUAGAGAACGCGCCAACGAAAAGGACAGAUCUUUCGAAGCGCGUUGUCAAUCGUCAACGUCAAACCGCGUUCGAAAUUGUCAAAGAAGAUAAAAAAGUACCUGUCGCGUUGCAAAAAGUAAAUAUAUUUCCUCCAUUCAAGAAUCUGCGGAAAUAUGCGUCAGAUAAAAAAGAAGAAACUUAUUCACGUCCGAUAGCAAAAGCAAAAAUUACAUCCGGAAAACAUUCACUUCACCACAACGACGUAACAGAAAAUACCGCGGAAAUGAUGAACAAAAAUAGCGCGUGUUAUUGUCCUGAUGUGGAACAUGAGAAUCGCUUUAUUUCGGAAAUACUUUCUGUUAUUGGUUACCACGUAGUCGCGUUCAUCAAUAAAAUAAUUGCUUUGAACAGAAAAUUGCUAUAUUCUUUGAACGCUAUAUUACGGAAAAGUUUAAAUAUUGACGUCUUCGGAAUAAACGCUUCGAUACGCUAUCAUUACCGAUUAAAAGAUUACGAUCCGCUCGCUAAUAUUUUUUAUCUCGGCUCGAAUCAAGGAGGUUCCAGGACACACGGUGAUACGAGCUCAGUGCGGGUUUCUAAGGGAGAAGGAUGUAUCAGGAUACAUAAAAUAACACACUCAAUAAUUGAAGACAAAACGAACGAUACAAAGUACUUAGUAAUCGAUACGUCGAGACGCAACUGUCAUUUGAUCUCGAAGUGUAAUUUGGGACAGCCACACGGGACUCGGAGGAACCUCUUGAUACGUAGUCGUUUGAAAACUCAUCUAAAUUCACAAGAUUGCCAGAAAGAGCGUCCUUUUUCUCUUUUGAAACGCGUGCCAGAAAAAAACUCGGACCUCACCUUCGAGUAACGCAAUGAAAAUACGGUCGCAAAAAGGGAAAACAUACAAAUUCAAUGGCAGUGAAAAAUUCUGAGCUCCACCGGAAAGUUGUAAGAGCAAGUGAAAAAAAAACAACAAAACAUCAAAAGCGAGGCAAAACGACGAACGAAUUCAAAGAGCAAAUUGCACAUGAAUAUUCGCGCGAUGAUAUUGCAAAUAAUGUUAAGCGAGAAUACGCAAUCAUUGAUAAUACUUCAGCGAGUAACGAACUCGUAAUAAACGUUCGUGAUUAUCUCGGAUUGCGGACUGAAAUAAAUACGAGUGUUUACAAAAGCUGUGACCCCCGCAUCGCUCUUGUUUAUUAAUUUCUAACAACUGACAAAAGUCAAAUAAUGGUAUUAACACAUUGUUCUUGUUAAUCAUCGAAAUAA